GGCCAGACUGUAAAGAGAAUCGAGGUGAGCCGCAGCCCGCUUCACAGCUGUUGUUAUUAUUCUCUCAUUUGCCUCUCGUACAUGUUCCAGUUAGUUAAAACGCCAUCGAUAUACGUAACUCGGCAUACACACAUACCGACGACACACUUGUCAGGAGAAUAAUAAUGGUGAUAUCGCCGUGGUGCAGCUUGGUUCAGAAUCAGCUGAGUUUUGUUUGAAAGGGAAAUAAAACGGGAAGAAUACUCGAAAAGCAUAUCGCGACAAAAAAGAAACCGUCGAACACCUUGCUGUUGUGUAACAAACAUCACGCACAGAUGUAAAAUGACUUCUGUCGACUCCGGGGUUGAGACUGGUAACGAUUCGAACGACAGCUCCGUCACCCACGAGAACAACGUCGCCGCGAAUUUCAAUCCUCCCCAGGGAUCAAAUGCUGGUAACAAUAACGCGGGCAGUCAUUUUCCCAAUGUUGAAGUUGGACCUUCUCGUCCUCUGGGAUUACCCAUUGCUUCGAUUUGCCCCGGCUUGACCAGCAAUGCUGAUGGUCAAGGUACUUCGGUACCUAGUACCUCCGGACCUUUGGUAUUGCACGCCAAUGCCGAGCCUACGAAGGUUUUAGAGUUCCGCAUACCACCGAUGUACAUAGAGCCACUUUACGGAGCGAAUGGUCAACUGCUCAAUACAACGAUGGAGAUUUUAAAAACAAAUAUGCUUUGGUCUCCGCAACGGGCAGGAUCAACAUACCAUAGAAAAAUGAAACUGCAUGCCAUGCAGCGCAAAUCAAAGUUCAGGAUGAAAACCUGGCAGGAGUUUCAAGGGCCUCUGGACGAAAGAAAAAUGAGACUGGCAGCUGCAACAAACAACGUUGAAUUGAUGAGACGACUGCUAACAAGUGGUGUCUAUCCCAAUAAUCACGACGAACAGGGGAGAUCUCCUCUCCACUUGGCAUCAUCCAGCGAUAUUUGUUUUCUCGCAAUUUCAAGGGGUUACACGGACAUAGUGCGUCUAUUGUUGGAACACGGUGCAGAUCCGAAUCAACGUGACUGUCUGGGAAACACGCCUCUUCACUUGGCUGCGGUGACAAGUAAAAUAGCAGUGGUAACGCUUUUGCUGAAAGCAGGAACGGACGUUCUCUCGUCCGAUCAGCACGGACACAACCCUCUUCAAUUGGCACAGACGAAAUUGAGAUUAUUGCAAAGUUGCAAGGGUUCGGACAUGACACGGAUCAAAGAAGAGGUGCACAAUGUGGUUGGCAUGCUGCUCGCAUAUUUGCAGAGACAAAAAGAUGCCAGAGAACAGGUCGAGGCUCUCAGCUCGUUCUGCUCCCGACUAUCUCUGUCCAAUACUUCGGAUGAAAUUCAAGGGGAUGUCAGGGAUUUAUUGGCUAACAUAGAUUCUCUCAGUCUUGCAAGUUAGAAAAAGAGUAGAUGAUACAAUUUGAAACUGAAAAUUUUGGAUUUCCAUUUAUAUCUAUUUUAGUAGUCUAUACGUAUAUUAACGGUGUACCGAGUUUAGCAUUGGAGGGAAAGAAAAAAGAUGAGAAAAGUACAUAAAGCAAAAAAGAAACCGAAAAAUUCCGUCGAUAUUAAAUAAUUUGGAUUAAAUAGUGAUUAGAAAUUGUUCAAACUUUUAACGUUAAUCUAAUAUUUGAUCUAAUUUACCGUAUGUGCAAAUCGUCAAAUACGUAUAGAGCUUUGGAAAAUACAGGGUGGACAUGAAAAGCGUCGUUUUGGCAUUUUUUUACAAUUGUAAGUAUGUGUAUGGUAUACUCCGCCCAGCUGUUUUAUUACAGUUUUUUUUCUAUUCAACUCUAGCUCUCAUUUAUUACAGACAAAAAUUAAACACAGAAAGAUAUUGAAAAACGGCUAUUGAAAAACGGCUGAGCCGAGUCUGUAACGAAUCUACGUCGCCCGACUAAAACUCAGAUUAAAUUGUACGCCUAAUAUAUAAUAUAUUGUGCAACCGAUACAUGCUAGUUGCACAUUUUUUUAAAAUUGUAUAUGAAGUUGAAACUCGAUAAGAUGGUCAAUUCGACAUUAUUGAAUUUAUAGACGUGUGUAGGAUUUAGCGAUGUAUUUAUUAAUUGCAUUGUCUAAGAAAUGAUCUAAUUGAAAUUCGUUUUCGUUUUCGCUAUGUUUUUUCUUCGAUCUACAUAAUGAAAAAUUGAAUUUACAUAUAAUAAUGCAUGAAAUUACUUGGAAGGAUGGUUUGAAUAUAAUUAUAGUUUUUAGGACUAACGAAAACACGAAUUAUUAUCGUUUUUUGCUGAUCGGAUUUAAUGAUAUAAGUUUUCCUUGGUGAUGAGAACAGCAGACUGUGAAAAUUUAUGUAAAUUUCAAUCUCAUUUAACUUUGGUAGCUUAUAGGCAAGCUACGGUUGAGAGUUUUUGAGUAACAUUCGAAUUUUUCAAAGAACUACAGUUAAGUGGCGGUCAAAUCAGUUGAAUCUUGCAAACCGGAUAUUGCAAUGAGUUUUCUUUUUACUGGGUUAUCCUUCAUAUUUCAUACGAAUUUUGGAGGGCCCAACUCUGAAAUGCCUGAAAAAAUCGCAGAUAUUUUCAACUCAAACUAUUCAUUUACCAUGGAAUGGAUAACGUUUUAGGAUUUACCGUCGCAUAGACGAGAGAAUCGACUGACUUCGUGUAAAUCGUUGUACAAACUGAAUAAAAAUUAUAAAAUUAAACAAUGAAUGAAAAAAAAAGUAGUAGAUAAAUCGCUAUAAAUCUAGUAGAGUAUCGUACGCGGUUACGACGUAAUCAUACUGGUUU